UUUUUAAUUGGUUUGUUUAAUGGACUUUGUUGUCUUUUUUUGAAGUUGUCUCAAUAAUAGCAAGGAAACCUCAAUAUCAAGUGAAUAUGAUCAUUCUAUUUCAAAUCCGGUCUCUUUAGUAACAAUUAACUGCUGUAAAUGACAUUGGACUUUAUUCUUCAGGCCAAUUUCUGUUUUCACAUUUUCCUUCUUACUGACUGUGCCAGUUCGCUUUUCGCUUAUCCAAAUCUUCUUACUACAGUCUCAUAGAAGAAGGGAAACAUAACAGAGAUCAGGACACCAGUCUGUUGUUUAUAAAAGAAAGACUGAAAAAUUCGCGAAAGAAUUCCUUCAGUUGGAGAACUGUAUUUUUUUUUUUUUUUUUUUUUUUUUUUUAAAAAAUCAGUUUACGUAUAUAAACAAUUAGGUUUCAUUCCUGUAAUUCACAAUUUUCGCUAAAAUAAAACCGCUUAUUAUGGAUGCCGCACGGUAUUACGGCUGGUCAAAAGAACGGCUCAUAUCCCGAAUUCUCGAACUUGAGAAAAUAGCUGAAACAUCUGGCCAAAAUGUUAAUCAAAUAGAUACGGAAAUGCGGGAAGCUGCAAGUGUUUCUGUUGCUGACGCAAUGCUAGAAGCUCCUUCUUUGAAAAAGCGGAAAGCAGUUCGUCCUUUCAUGCUGGAUAAAACAAAAUUCAUUGCACUUCGAUUUGCGUAUCUUGGUUGGAAUUACAAUGGUCUAGCUUUUCAAACGGAACCCACGCCACUUCCAACUGUUGAGGGAAAACUGUUUGAAGCGCUGAUGCGAGCUCACUUGAUUAAAGACCCCAGUACUUGUUCCUUUAGUCGAUGUGGCCGAACAGACAAAGGUGUUUCUGCCAUGGGUCAAGUCGUGUCGUUGAAUGUUCGGUACUCGGAGGAACGUCCGAUUGCUUAUUGUGAUGUGUUAAACCGUUUACUUCCAGAAGAUAUUCGCGUAAUAGCAUACUCACCAAAUCCCCCGGAAGGCUUCGACGCCCGGUUCUCGUGCGUGCGCAGACACUACAAAUACCUAUUCCUAAAACAAUAUCCAGGAGGUGAGCUAGACAUUGAACGAAUGUCUCAAGCUGCAGCUCUAUACUUGGGUGAACAUGAUUUUCGCAACUUCUGCAAAAUUGAUGCUUCAAAACAAAUUACCAAUUACAACAGAGGUAUUCUACAUUCAAAGAUUAUUUGUGUGGAUCCUCAGAAACAAUUAUACGCUUUUGAUUUACAAGGUACUGCCUUUCUUUGGCAUCAAGUUCGAUGCAUGAUGGCAAUCCUUUUUCUUGUGGGUCAGCAUCUUGAGCCCGUAGACAUUGUGAGUGAGCUUCUAAACGUUGAAAAAAAUCCUUGCAAGCCCGUAUACGAUAUGGCAAGCGAUUUGCCUUUAGUACUUUAUGAUUGCGUAUUUGACAACAUUCAGUGGGAGUAUCCCCAGGUUCCAGAGAACGUUGGUCCCAAGUUUGCCAAGAAGUUGUACGAGCAGACAUACGCGAAUUGGCAUAAGCUUGUUCUUCGCGAACAGCUUGCCGUGUUCUUGAAAGAGAAGGCGGAAACCGCGCUUCAGGUUUGCGGCACUCAGAAAGACAACGGUACAGCCAUGAACACGGGUGAUGGUGAAUUAAGACAUGCAAGAAAGUAUGUUCCGAUUCUGCAACGCAAGCGUCAAGAACCCGUAGAAGUUGUAAAUGCGCGAUACCGCAACAAAAAAAAUUUGGGAGAUCAGGUUUCGGCUUAAGGAAAUAAAAAAAGAACGAUUCAUUCACUAUAAGAGUACACUAAAUUCACAUCUGUAUUGAAGAGGUACUUCAUUACUCAUUUAUACGCAGAAAAAUCCAAGUACUUUUUAUUCAUAAAAGGUUGUAAUACAUUGGGGAUUUUUACGCGUCCGUCGCUCUGAAGAUUAUUUUCCAGAAUAGCAAUAGACAGUCGUGGUAUAGCGACUGCGGUUCCAUUAAGUGUGUGCACAUAACCAGUAUCCAUACCAUUAUCAUAACGUGUCCACAGUCUCCGAGCUUGAUAAUCAAGACAGUUGGAUGCAGAGGUAAUUUCACCAAAAUCAUUACGGCUUGGCAUCCAAGCUUCAAUGUCAUAUUUUUCCGACGCAGAAGCACCCAGUUCUUCAGAGGGCAUGUAAAGUAUGCGGGCAGGUAUUUCCAACAUUUGAAUAAUUGUUGCUUGCAACUUGAUAAUCUCCUUCAACAUUGCAGAACUAUAGUCUGGAUGUGUCCAAGCAAAAAACUCUGCUUUCGUAAACUCAUGCAAACGAUACAUUCCGCGAGUGAAUUUUCCAUGCGCUCCUGCCUCCCGUCGGUAUGCACGAGACACUCCAAUAACACAUUUCUUUUUGAGAUCGGUAAAUGUCUUGUUCAAUGCGCUUGCUGCUAAACUGACUUCGGCAGUACCGACAAGCACCUGCGGCGGGACGUUUGAGGACACGUCACUUUCCAAUUCAUACAUUUGUUGCCCUUCAGCAUCCCUAGGCUGGAAACCGCAAGCACGGGCAACGUCUGUGCGCACAAUUGUCGGCACCAAACAAAAUUCCCAUCCCUGUUGAAUUGCAUAAUCAACCGUAAAAUUUAGUAAGGCAAACUCUAAUAAAGCAGCAUCUCCCCAUUGGUAUACAAAGGAAUGGCCAGAACCUAACGCUGCAGAGUCAAAGUCAAAUGCUCUUUUCGCAAUGUCUAAAUGAUCUGCCACAUAUGUUCGUUGCUGUACCUGAGCCAAUUUAUCUUCACAGAUGUAACCGACACACCGUGCAUCAGAUUCUGGACCAAUGGGUACAUACUCUCCAAGUUGAUUCGGCAACUGUAAGCACAAUUGCUGCAGUUGCUGCUCGAGAAGUACCAACUUCUUUUCUGAUGGUGACAUAAUCUCCUUCAUUUUACGAGACUCUAUCAGAAGAGCAUGUCGGCGUGUAGGCGGAAGGUUUUUGUCCGCGAGUUGCUUUGUAACUGUAUUCUUCUGUGCACGAAAUGGUUUAAGCUCAUCCAAGCAUUGAAUUCGUUCAUGAUAUAGACGAACAAUAUUUGGAACAGAAUCAGCCAGUGACUUCAUGUUCCUCAUGAGACAAUUCUUCUUUAAAUUCUCGGCAUUUUCUACAAUCUUUUUAUAGUCUAGUUGUACUCGUUUUGUUAAGAAUCCGUUUGCUUUUGAUGAAACAUAGCGUAAAGAGACAAAGUUUGUACGUCUGAGACAAGGAGAAAAUACAAGUCUCAUCCAGAAAAUGCUUUUUGAGUGAAAAAGCGUGUUGAAACAAGAAGGGGAUUAAUCUAUUCCAAAUAUUCGGAAAGAGAACAGUUUGAAGCGCGAAAAGGACCGUUUUUUCGGUUAAAAAAAAACCUAUAUUCCUUUACCAAAUGAAACGUUCUGUACACCGUGAAAGCUGUUCCUGUUCGACGUUUGUGCGUCUGCAAGUCUGGUUGGAAAAAGGAAAAUUAAGGAUUUGAUAAGUAGAUUGUACUAGUAAUAUUGAAGAAACCAAAGAACAACAUAAAUAGACUUAGAAUUCA